GCACAGGGGACACUGGGCAGCCCAGCCGCGACUCCGCGCCCUGCGACAAGUGCUCCCUGCCAAGGUCACGGGGGAGACAGCCGGUACGGGCCGCUGCCGGCAGCCGCUCACAGGCCGCGGGAGAAGACAGGCCGGGCCGGAGCCUAGGACGCUCCCCCGCUACGGCUGAGGGCAGAGGCGGGAGAGAUGCGGGGCCCCCGGGCCCAGACGGCCCAUCUCCCUCCCCAAGGGGCUUCUCCGCGCCAGCCCCGAGGCCUGGCUUUUCCUCCUCCGCCGGAACGCCGGCAGAAGAGCGGGGCAGAGCGGACCGUGGACAGGCACUCACCGCCCGGGCCGCCGGCCGCAGCCAGCGCUUCGCCCAGCCCCGCGAAGCCACAGCAGCCGCCGCCGCCAUUUCACUCGGACCCGAAGGAGCGAACGAGGGCGCACGCGCAAACCCGCUGCUAACGGCACCGGUACCCGCGAGGCUCGGCGGGAGAGACCAAUUGUGCUGGGAGGGGGGGAGCUCCAGGCUGAGUGUCUCCAUGAAUAAUUUAAACGACCCUCCCAACUGGAACAUCCUGCCAAAUCAACGAGAGCCCGGGGAUGAAGGCAGCAAAUGGAAUUACGCCUUGCUGGUCCCCAUGCUGGGCUUGGCCGCCUUCCGUUGGAUCUGGACCAGAGAAUGUCAAAAAGAAAUAGAAAGAGAAAAAAAAGAAUAUUACAAGAGACAUUCAUCUUUACAAAAAGACCUGGAAGCCAAAUACAGGGAUGUAAUCACAGAAAGUCGUCGCACAGUUGCUCGUUUGGAGUUGGAGCUUGAAAAGGAACGCAACAGAACCCUGAGUUACCGUGAAGCCCUUGUGUCCCAGAGUCGCAAACUGGUAGAAGAAAGAAGGAUCCUAGAGCAGGAGCAGGAGAAGUUAGAGCAAGAAAAGCAAGUCCUUCUGCACUCAGGAGCAGCAGGAAACUUGUACCACAGUUGUGUGGCAAAGGAAGAAGAGUGGCAAAAGAGAGCCAAUAUUUUACUAAAAGAAUUUGAAGAGGGACUUAAAGAAAGACAGGACAUCUACUGUAGUCUUGUUAUACCCAGAAGCCAGAGACUAGAGAUAGAGAAAAAUCUGCUAGUUAAAGCAGCAACUGAUCCCGUUGCUAUGGCUCUACAUAUGGAAAGUGGCUUAAAAGAUAUUUUCAAGCAUGAUAACUACUGCGGCAAUCUGCUUAACAGAAACAAAAGUCAAAAUGGAAAACUUAUGUGGCUGUAUCUGAGAUAUUGGGAACUAGCUAUUGAAUUAGAGAAGUUCAAGAGGGCAGAAAAGUCCAUGUUAGGAAAAAGAUAAGUAGGGGAAGCAAUGGGAUUACAUAUGACCCAUGGUGCAUAGUAGGGACAAGCACAGUUGUAGUCUGAAGCUGAUAAAAUUCUCUUACUGUGUUUCUGCUUCUCCUUCUCAUUGCACUUGUGUUUGCAUGGGACCUGUGCAGUGUUGGUGCCUUUCCUUUCACUGUCUAACCUAUGCAUGCUCUUAAACUCUGUGAGUAUGUUUUUAUUGCAGACUGCAGUGUGGUAUAGAGGUAUGCCAGCUUCCACAGGUAUCAGAAGCAGCAAAACACAACUCUGUUUAGAGUGAUUUACCUAGUUGAUGGUCAUACUCCAUCAUCAGAGAAGUGUGAUUUGGCUCCCCACCCAGCACUGGGAUAGCACAAUGUGCUCCUUACGCCUCGUCUUACGUGGUGCCUCAACACAAUCUUUAUUUUUUAAAGUUUGCUUGUUUAAGCUACACUGAUUUUGAGGCUCAUGUUUGGAGCAAACUGCUUGCCACAUUUAUAUACAUAUAUACAUUUAUGUAUAUGUGUGGAUGUGUGUAAAUAUGUGAAUUAGUAUGCUGAGGGGGGAGUAGUAUGAUCAUAUUUCAAAUUAAUCAGUCUUAUAGUGUCUUCCAGUUUCGUAUAUGAAUAGUACUUUAUGAAUGCAGCAUCGAAAAGAUGAUGAUGAAAAUAAACCAUAAAGGAACAGAUUGAUGAAAGUCUCAUUGGAGUGAGGGAUCCAUGCUUGAAUACUACAGAGUGUGUAAACUCAAAGUUAGAGUCCCAUCAUACUGCUCCGUCACAGAUCCGUAGGAGCCACCUUCUUUUUCAAAUGUGCCAUUAUUUUGGAGAAUAACUUUUUUCUUCCUCUGCUCUAAUCCAGCCUUAUACCUCAAAGGUUUUACCUUUUUGUUUAUAAAAUCUGGUCUUCUCUGUUACUUGACUUUGAUUAGUGUUGGUAGGUUAUCAGUUUUUGAAUGAGCAGUUCUUUUGUCUUCUGACGGCUGGACUUGACAAACACAUUUGCUCUAGGCAGUCAGCUACUGCAUGGCUUGGAAGCAAUCCAGCUAAGUGAAUGCCCAUCCAAGUUUAGCAGUGAACUCCAGCAGAUGUGGAUUCUUCUCUUACAGUUUUUCUUCCUGGUUUCACUUCAGUCUGAGCACAGAAGAUAGCAGAUAAAUCUUUUGAAGUAGUUCAUGCAGCCUAAUCCAGUUACCCAGCAAAAUUGUCUAUCAUGAAACAAAAUUCUUAAACAGAAUACAUGUUUCCCAACUACCGUUUUGCAGUUUGUGAUUUUGCUCACCUGUGUGGUGAUAAUUAUACUGUUGUAUUGAUUUAUUAGUCUCUUAUGUAGUGAUGGGGGUUUUUUCUUGGUUUUUUGGUUUUUUUUUUAAUAAAGUUGUAGUAGGUAAGACAGACCUAUAAAAAAAAAAAUACCUACACAAACACCAGAGUGGCCAAAGUUUGUCUCUAUGUAAAGCAUAUGCAGGCUGGAAGUUAAUGCAACAAUGAUCCAGAUGAGUUACUCCUCUUGUGUGACAGCUUGAGCCAAGCUGCUGUUGCUGGCCAUGUGCACAUACCCUGCUUGCCCAGUAGAACAAAUUAGUUUUAAUAACUUAACCUGUGUGUAAUUCCUCCAGGAUGUGGAGAGUGUCUGAUCACACAGCUGUGGCACAUUUCUUGUGUACAUACAGGCAGUUAAGCAACUUGGUUGACAAACAGCAGCCAGUUAAGCAAUGACAAUGUAUUUUGAGAUUCAUGCCUUGAAUUUGUACAUGUUCAUUAGUUCUUAGUAUUAAAAGAGCAAACAUUUUAUAGUUUUUCUUUCAUUUUUUUCAAAGUUUGCCACGGACAUCACCCAAAAUGCUUAAGGAAAAUGUAAUUGGGGGUAAAAUACUUUAAUCAGUAUAAAUACUUAAGUUGAAGCACCAUAGGCUCAAUUGUACAGGGUUAGAUGAAACCUAAUAAAUGUCUGAUACUUGCUUUCACUUUUUUUAAAGUGGCAAUUAUUUGUACAACUAGUUGUUGAACUGUUGUUCAUGAACACUCUGCAGAUUAGUAUAUUAAGACUGAAGAGGAGGAUUUUUAAGAUUCUAUAACUAGUCAUAACUAGAAGCAUUGGUCAUGUUAGUUUCUACCAAAACUCGUAUAUGUUGAUGUUACAUAUUUUUGAAACAUUUCCCCUUUAUAGGAUGUUAAAUUGAAAGUUCUGUUCUAAGCUUUAUCUUGCCCAAAAGCUUAUUUUUUGGGUCAGUUUUUUGUUUGGAAAUGCCCAUAUAGAUGUAGAGUGCAAGAAUAAUUUGUUCUCAAAAUGUUUAAUGAACUUAUUUUUUGUUAUGAAAAUGGUCAGUCACCCAUUAAACAGUAACAGUUAAUAAAAACACUUGCAUAUUUCUGCACUGUUUUGUAACUUGGGCAGGGUGGAUGGAAGGACCGAAACAGUAUUUUAUUCCAUCUUUCCAGGCAAAUUACAGAAUUUUAAGGUUUUACAAAAAGGACAGUUUUUAAAUUGGCAUGUAAAAUGUUUUGGUCUUGGUGCCGAGAAGGAGAAUAGGUUGGAAAGGUUUGUUUCUUUCCUGGGAAAGAAGCAUAUUGUUAAAUAGAAAAGGGCACCAGCUUUAACUUUUAAAGAUGAGUAGUUAAAACUACCAUCCCACUGAAAGAUGGGGGUAAUUUCUUCUGUCUGUUACAUAGACUAUUUUGCCUUCCUCCAGAAUCCCUCAGAUUUCUCAUUCUCCACAUGAGCUGCUUUUCAUUUCCUUCUGUGGAUUUUCUCAUCUUCCUGUCUGAUGUGAAGAACUACAAUCCAGCUGCUCUUGUACAGCAUUCAGACACUCUGGAAGUACCCAUUCACUUCAUAAAAGACGUUUAAUCUCUUUGUAUUUGAUACAGUCCCUCACCAUCACAGCUAAGCUGUCUGUCUCCUGUCCAUACACUGCAGGGCAGUAGCUGCGUUCAUAUGACUUUCUGCCUACAGAAAUGCCUAUGGGUGAGGAAAUGGCCCAAGUCAUCUUGUACUUUCAAUAAAAGUAAAGAACAA